AAACCCUAAUCCUAUCCUUCUAUUGCCUCAUAGGUCGUUCACGCUCUGAAUUUUGUGGAGAGAAAGAACACCAUGUCUCACUUCGGAAGGUCCGGUCCCCCUGACAUCUCAGACACCUACUCCCUCCUCGUUCUCAACAUCACCUUCCGUACAACUGCUGAUGAUCUAUUUCCGCUCUUCGAUAAGUACGGGAAGGUCGUCGACAUAUUCAUUCCCAAAGAUCGGAGGACUGGUGAAUCCAGAGGAUUUGCUUUUGUUCGCUAUAAGUAUGCAGAUGAGGCACAGAAGGCAGUGGAUAGACUGGAUGGGAGAGUUGUUGAUGGUCGGGAGAUAACGGUUCAGUUUGCGAAAUAUGGACCUAAUGCAGAGAGGAUUCACAAAGGAAGGAUAAUGGAACCAUUUCCAAGGUCAAGAUACAGGUCAAGAAGUCGCAGCCCUCGCAGAAGGUACCGGGAUGACCAUUAUAGAGAUAGGGAUUACAGGAGGAGGAGUCGCAGUAGAAGUUUUGACAGGUAUGAACGUGAUAGAUAUCGUGGAAGGGAAAGAGACUAUCGUCGGCGAAGCAGGAGCCGCAGUGACAGCCCUGAUUACUCUAGAGGCCGGGGAAGAGGACGUUAUGAUGAUGAUCGGAGGAGCAGUAGUCAUUCAAGAAGUGCCUCUCCUCGGCGCAGCCGUAGUUCCCAGAAGAGUCCUUCUCCACUUAAGGGUUCUCCUCCUAGGGGGGAAAGUCCUGACAGACGCAGCCGUGAUGGAAGGUCUCCAAGCCCUCGUAGUGUUUCACCUCGAGGUCAGCCUGUUAAUUCUCGAAGUCCAUCUCCUCGAAAUUCAGAUGCUGAUGAAUGAUUCUUUCCAGCUGCGUGGGAGUUCGUGGACUUGGUGCACUAAAUAGCAUGUUUCUUGUUGCUUAGUUUCUCUUGUUGAAGACAUAGAUCAUGCAUUUUCUAGUAUUGGUAGGACUGGGUUUCUUUGGAGUCUAAAUGCUUAUGGUACCAUUCUGAACUUUAUGUCUUUGUCACUUACCUGUUGCAGUUUAGUGUCUGGAGUCAUGUCGUCUCUUAUUUCUGUACCUAAAGAUUUUGUGAUGUAACUUUGUAGUUGUGGUGGUGUGCUUUCCUUUUUCUGAUUUUAAUCCUUCCUUUUCUGUUGCUUAUAUCAUCCUCAAGGCUUGUUUUCAAAAAUGCACCAUUUAAAACAGUGAUUUAUGACUUGCAUAAUAGAGUUCAUUUUCUAGGGUUACUGAUUAAUCUUAAACCAUCUAUUGGGUUUUUAUAGUUUUGUUCGGGAAAGAGUGACUUGGGGCAGAUGGACUUGAUGUGACAUGAUGUUGAUUGUGGCUGUUGAUGCUGUUUGUAUCUGUAGAUGCAUGAUCGUGAUAUUGAUGCUGGUUAUAGCAGUAUGCUGAUUGCAGGGACAGUAAUUUAACCAAUUUUUUUUCUGAAUGAUAUGAUUGGUAAGAUCCAAAGCGAGUCUUGGUUUUUGCAAAACCUUGCAUCAUCAAGGUUCUAAUGUUUCAUCUGAUUAUCCUGGUCUGCUUAUUGCUUAUUCUAAAAUUUGCCCUAAGCGGUAUUUGCUGAGAUGGUAUAAAAGAUUGAGCAUGGUGAACAAAUUUUUGACUGAGAUGAUAGCAUGAUGCUGCAUUUCAUGGGCGUGAGAUGCAUUUGAUCUGAUGCAGAUGCUAUAUGUGAGAACGUAAUGUGCUCAUCCUAUCCUUACAUCUAUGUUAAUUAAAAAAAAAGUAACUU